GACACCUCAGCCGAGUUUCUGCAGGCGAACUUCCGGGAGUUCUUUACCAGCUACAACAGCCUUCUACAGGAAGGUGAUUAUGUGACCAAGCGUCAGGCUCUCAAGCUCUUGAGCGACCUCCUGCUCGGUCGAAAGUUCAUGAGGAUAAUGAUGCUCUACAUCGGGGACGACUCCUACCUGCAAAUUCAUAUGAACCUGCUACGGGACGACUCCAAGACCAUUCAGCUGGAGGCCUUCCACAUCUUCAAGAUCUUCGUGGCAAAUCCGAACAGACCACCGAGAGUGCACACAAUUCUAUUCAAAAACAAGGAGCGGCUCAUCACUUUGCUGCACGAGUUGACCCCACACCGGCCCGAAGACAAGCAGUUUUUGGAGGACAUGAAGACUGUCCUAAACAAGUUGGAG